AUGACUGAUGUUCGCGAGGAGCUUCAGAAGGCCAAGCGCGUUAGCCGAAAAUUGGAGUCCGAACUUCGGGAACAAUCUGGUGCAGAGGAGAAGAUCCAAGAGCUGACUAAAAAGUUCUCAGGAAACCAAGCCCUACUCGAUACUUUACGCAGUGAACGGGAUACACUCAUCGCAGAACAGGCAGAGCUCCAGCGGAAGUUUACCAAAGCCACUGAAGACACCGAAGCAAUACGAAACCAGUUGUCCAAGUCUCAAGCUGCACACAAUGAUCGCAGACACCAGCUCGACCUCCGGGCAACCGAGGUUGAAGACCUCCGACUUCAGCUACAGGAACAAGCUGUUGAAUUGCACGACGCCGAACUAGAGAAAAAUCGCUUAGCAAAAGAGCGUAUGGAAGUGGCGCGAACGAUAACCACUUUGGAAGCAGAUCUCAAGAGAGUUCGCAGAGACGCAGAGAAUAUCCGAAAGGAUGUGGCUCUGCUUAAAAAUGAACGGGCUGGGCUGUUGGCGAAGACUCAUGAGGACAAGCUCACCAUUGAGAGGGCACAAGCUCACGUUCGGCAGAUGCACAGUCAACUUGUUGAAAUGCAGCGGAAGGUCCGGGAAGUCGAGGAAAGCCGAGCUGCUUCAGCACUCGACUCUGAGGCAUUGGAGAAGUUGAAGCUUGUGCACAAUAAAGAGUGCAAAGGGUUGAUGCUCCAAAUUCGAUACCUGAAGGCAAGAUGCACACGAGAACAUGCAUUUAGGUUGGAUCUUGGAUAUCAGAAAGUGUACCUCUUGAAGGUUCUUGAGGCUCACAACGCAGGUGAAAGGAGUAUCCUUGCAUCGAUAGCACGUCUCGGCUUCCCUCCUCCGAAAAGGACGAAUAAAUCCCUUCGAACCAUUGUUAUGGCUGUGAUUUUCGUGCAUAGAACGAAAACCGCACGGGAAGCUUGGCUGCUCAAUGUCGCUUCCAAGCAAGCAGUCCAAGGGGCGCUGGAAGAAGUCAGAAAACGGAGGGCGACCCAAAAAUCUUGA